AUGACUCGGGUUACUUCACCCGUGUUUAUGUCACUGCUGCUGUUUUUGAUCCAGGUUGUUGCUCUGUUGGCGGCCAACUCUGGAGGCAAUCUGAUAAGAAAAAAAAGAUUAUGGCUUCCUCCACAAAAAAAUCUGACAGAAAAUAAAGACUACACUAAAGAGGCUUAUGUUGCCAAGAUUCAUUCAGACAACACUAAUGGCAAAGGGAAUAUUGUCUACUCCCUGGAUGGUGUUGGUGCAAGCAAGUUUCCCUUCAAUGUGUUUGUAGUCGAAAGUAACACAGGACUGAUUCAUCUGAAGAAAACGCUUGACAGGGAGAACAUCGAUUUAUACAACCUGACAGGUAUUGCUACAUACAUUGAUGGCACCAAGGCAGAGGAAGAUGUUUUGCUACGGUUCAAGGUUGUAGAUGAGAAUGACAACCCUCCAGUGUUUGGUACCAUCAGCCCUGGGGCUGUAGAUGAGAACAGCCCUGCAGGGACGUCAGUUAUGAAAGUCGUUGCAACUGAUGCUGAUGAACCCAAUAAUCCGAACUCUAAGAUAGCUUAUUCAAUUGGGAGUCAGAAUCCACCUCAUGACAUGUUCUACAUGACUACUGAUGGAACCGUCUACGUCAAAAGUCCAAAGCUUGACAGAGAGGAAACGGAUCAGUACAUUCUGACGGUGAUAGGUCGAGACUUAAACGGUCAACCAGGGGGAAACACAGCAACCGGCACUGUUACCAUUAAUAUCCGAGAUGUGAAUGACCACCUUCCCACUCUGGAAAAAGAGAUGUAUGAGGGCAGUAUUGAGGAGAACACAGACGGUGUGGAAGUGAUGAGAAUCAAAGCAGAGGACCUGGACGUGAAGGACACAGACAACUGGGAAGCCGUGUUUGAUAUUGUCAAAGGCAACGAGGCCGGGUACUUCAGCAUCAAAACAGACCCAAAGACUAAUGAAGGCAUCCUCAUGCUCGACAAGGCUGUUGAUUAUGAGAAUGUGAAGGACCUUGAACUAGGACUAGCUGUGAGGAACAAGGCUCCACCACAUGAUGGUUCGGGGGCAAAUGCAGGAGCUGGUGGGGGAGGGGGAUCAGGAGGCGGAGGAGGAUCAGGUGGGGGAGGGGGAGGAGGGGGAGGAGGGGGAGGAGGGGGAGGAGGAUCAGGAGGCGGAGGGGGAUCCGGAGGUGGAGGGGGAUCAGGAGGUGGAGGGGGAUCAGGUGGGUCCGGAGGAUCAUCAUGGCAAAGCGGGACCACAUUUAAAACCUAUCCAAUCAAAAUCAAUGUGAAGAACCAGCCUGAAGGGCCACGCUUUGACCCCAAAGUCAAAGCUAUUCCCAUCUCAGAGGGAGACACGUCCAUUAAACCUAAAGAUGUUAUUUCCCACUACCCUGCUAUAGAUGGAGACACAGGGGAACCAGCUGAGAAUGUCAGGUCAGUGCAUACACAAACAUGCAGACAUGAAUCCCCCUACAAUUAUUUGUGCUGUAGGUAUGCCAAAGGUUCAGAUCCUGGCAACUGGCUAAUCAUUGACCCAAAGACAGCUGAGAUCAAACUGAACAAGAUGCCUGACAGAGAAUCUCCACUCUUGGUCAAUGGAACAUACUUUGCUGAAAUACUCUGCAUGACAGAAGACACACCCGCUAAAACAGCCACUGGCACCAUAGCCAUCCAGGUGGAAGAUUUUAAUGACCAAUGCCCCACCCUGACCAGUAAAAUCCACACCAUUUGUACCACGGAUGAUGCUGUUAUCGUCAGCGCUGAGGAUGAUGAUGCAUUCCCUAACGGACCUCCUUUACACUUUUCCAUUGUCCCAGAGGGCACUGAGGGCAAAUGGCAGGUGGAAUAUCUUAAUGACACUGCAGCUAUCUUGAGAUCCCAGGAAUCCUUGUGGCCUGGUGUGUACGAGGUGGAAUUUUUGGUGAAGGACGAUCAGGGAGAGGCCUGUACAGAACCACAAAAGAUGAAGGUCCAGGUCUGCACCUGUGAGGAUGGAGGGUUGUGUGGAAAACGAGGCAACAAUGGUAAACUGGGACAGCAGGGAACAGCAGAGUUAGGAGCUGCAGGCAUCGGCCUGAUACUACUAGGCUUGCUGCUGUUACUACUCAUCCCUCUGCUGCUGCUCUUGUGCCAAUGUGGGGACGCUGCAAGUCUGCCAGGGGGGUUUACUAAGAUGCCUUUCGACACUAAAUCACACCUCAUCAACUACCACACUGAGGGCCAAGGAGAGAACACGGAGGUGCCGCUACUUAACAUGCCAUCACCAGUGUAUGGAGAUAUGGUCCAGAUAGGUAUGGCUGCCAAAUCUUCGGCAAUGGCACCUAUGGCAGACUUCGAUUUCCAGAAAUCUGUUACUUCCAUCGAUGGGAUAAAUGGGAACAUCAAUCUGGAUGGCCACAGAGAAGGAACAUGGGGGAUGAUGAACCAGAUGAGCCACACUGGCUUCUACUCUGAGUUUGAAAGCAGAGAGGCAGGAGGUGGUGAAAUUUAUGACGGCAUGACUCUGCCAGGCAACUUCCUGGGACAGUACUACACUCAGAAGGCAUCUGGCGAAAACCUUGGAGUGAAGGACGGUCUGUUGGUGUACGACUUUGAAGGUCAGGGCUCCCCUGCUGGUUCAGUGGGCUGUUGCAGCCUCCUGGAGGCUGACAAUGACCUGCAGUUUCUCGAUGACCUCGGACCAAAGUUCAAGACCCUGGCAGAGGUGUGUGGGGGCAAGAAGAUCCAAACUGAAGUCAAGCAGGUGUUCACUCCACUGCCCAGUGCCUCCAUCAAAACUCAAACCUCAGUAUCAAAUUUGACAACUGCCACACAGCUGCCCCCUCUACCCAAGCUGCAGCCAACUGUCCCCAAAAUAGAACAGACUGUUGUCACGGAGAAAUCUCAGCAUUCUAAGGUCAAGAAAGAAAGCACGGCCACAUUGAGAGAAGGGAUGACCACAGUGAAGAAAGGGGUGUCAAAUCAAAGCCAGAUGCUCCUGCUACAGCAACAGCAGCCUGUCUUCUACACCACCACCCCUGUGAUGCAGCCAAUGCAUUACGUAGUCCAGCCACAAGUUCAAAACACCAUGCUGCUGGCUGAGGCACCAGUUACCAACCUGCAGGGCAUGGUCCUAGUCAACGGGACCCAGACUGGACCUGGCCAAGGCAUGGUAGUUCAGGGGCAGACAGUGAUGUCCAGUGGACAAGCCCAGGGCUCUGGCUUAGUGCUGGUUGAGAGGGGUGGGGUCCAAGGUGGUGGUGCCAACCUGAUCCACGCUGGCAACCCGUCUGGCUUUCAGACCAUGAUGGUCAUGGAGGGCAAGGUCCCAGCAGGAUCAAUGCAAGUUCUUACAGGCAACAAGACCCAAGCUGUGCAGGGGGGCACUCUACAGUCAGGAGGGCGUUCAAGAUCUCAGAGUGUCCUGGUGGUCGGUUCACCAACAAGCAGUGGAGGGCAGCUGGUCCAGGAGGCAGGAGGUUUGUUCCAGAAGAGCAAUGUCUUAGACUCCCAGAGAGUCCUCUACAGCCAGGAUAACAUGUCCCCUGGUUCUCUACAGCCAGCUACUCUACAGCAAGGAGAGCUUUCAGGAUCUCAGGGAGUCUUGUUGGUCGGUUCACCAACAAGCAAUGGAGGGCACCUGGUCCAGGAGGCAGGAGGUCUGUUCCAGAAGAGCAAUGUCUUUGACUGUCAGAGAGUACUCUACAGCCAGGACAACAUGUCCCUUGGUUCUCUACAGCCAGGACAGCUUUCAGGAUCUCAGAGAGUCCUGGUGGUUGGUUCACCAACAAGCAGCGGAAGGCACCUGGUCCAGAAGGCAGGGGGUCUGUUCCAGAAGACCAGUGUCUCUAACUCUUAA